UGGCUGCUGGUGCUGCGUUAUACCACGUAGAGGGAGGGACACCAAACCCAGACCCCAGCAACCAACCAAGGACGUGGGUGGACAGGUAGACAGGUAGACAGGUGGGUGGAUACGCAGGUGGGGCCAUCGGCGAGGUAGGUUAUCAGUGGGGCAGGUAGGUGGGCGAUAAUUUGAGGAGGGAAAGGUACGAGUUGGUGGUGGUGGUGGUGGGGGGAGGCGCGGUGUUUUUGGUCGGUGCCGAGCGAAGAGGCGAGGUUUGAGCGGAUAAAUCCGGCAUGAUCGAGACCCAGGCGAGUGACUGCGUGAAUGAGAAGAUGGAGGAGGAGGUGGCGGGGGAGGAGGACGAGGAGGAUGAAGAGGGCGUUGGCUUGAGAAAGGGCUGCGAUCCGUUCUACAUGACACGCCGUGGCAAGCUGCAGACGGAGCGGAGGAAGCUCAACGAUCAAAUAAUUCGGGAGGCACGGCUUCGCGAGGGCGCGCAGAACCUCUACAGGGCGACCAACAACACGAAGGUGCGCGAGUCCGUGUUUCUGGAGCUGAGCUUCGUGAACUCGAACCUCCAGCUGCUGUGGGAGUUGCUCGCCCAGGUCAACGGCUCCGUCGACGUCUACCAGCCGGAGAGCACCACCGUGGCCAUUCCCAUGAUCCCGCUGGGUCUCAAGGAGACGGAGGAAAUCGACUUCACGACUGAAAUACAGGAAUUCAUAUGCGAGCACUACGGAGAGGAUGGGUCCAAGUACCUGCCCGAAAUAAAGGAAUUCAUGGCGCUGAGACAGGCUGCGCGCACUCCGACGCGGGACGAGGCCGGCCUGGGCCUGCUCAUGGAGUACUGCUCGCAGCUGGCGGCGGCCGAGGCGCGCUUCUUCCCCCCGUAUCGCAGGACGAAGAUUCGCUUCACCUGGUGCGACUCUCUGUCGGGGCUGCCCUGCGAGGACCGGGAGGCUGGGUUUGAGCGAGCGAGCGUGCUGCUUAACGUGGGAGCCCUCUACACGCAGAUCGCCGCGCGAUGCGACCGCACCGCGCUCGCCGGCAUCGACAGCGCCAUCGCCGCCUUCCAGCGCGCCGCCGGUGUGCUGAGCUACCUGGCGGAGGCGCUGCCGCACCCGCAGACGGCGGACCUGUCGCCCGCGUGCCUGGCGCUGCUGGUGCGCGUGUGCGCGAGCCAGGCGCAGGAGUGCGUCUUUGAGCGCUUGUGCCACGCUGGCCUCCACAACAACUUCCACUCGCUCCUCACGGCAGCGCAGGAGGCCGCCAAGGUGGCGGAGGACUACACGGGGGUGGUAGGCGCCAUGCAGCAGCCGGAGCUGGCGGAGGUGCUGCCCUUCUGCUGGAAGUCGCUGCUCAGGGCCAAGUCGGAGCACUUCGGCGCUGUCGCUCACUACUACCUGGCGCUCGCACUGCUCGACCACGCACCGGCGCCGGGCGAGGACUCACGCGACCAGGAGAAGGCCCUCAUGGACGUUCACGAGACGUUGCCCGAGGGACCCUCCAUGCACGUCGUCGUGACGAACCUCGACGAGCGUACCAAGCUAGCGUUGGGCCACCUGAGCAAGGCGGUGUGGCGGCACGAGGAUGCGGUGCGCACCGCAUCCUCUCUGGGGAGGCUCGGCGACCUGCAGAACUUCCUGGCCACGGCGCGCGACCAGGCGAAGACGCGGCUCGCCAAGUUCGAAACCGACGGCGGCUUCAUCAACUCGUCGGAGGCCCCCGAAAUCGCCCCGGAAACCCAUCACAACCCAGAACUGAAGCCCCCGGUGUUCGACAAAGUGGAGGGCACAGACAUCUUCCGCCGGCUGGGCCCCCUGUCGGUCUUCUCGGCCAAACAGUGCUUGAGCAAGCCUCGCAAGGUGCACCUGUCCAAGCCGGCGGAGGGAUACGGCAUGCGGCUCGGAGGCGAUUCGCCCGUCCGCGUCGUGCUGGUCCAGCCUGGGAGCGCCGCCAUGCGAUCGGGCAUCAAGGAAUGUGACUACAUCAUCGGGGUCGGAGGUCAGGACUGCCGCUGGUUGGGUCAAGCGGCCGUCGCCGACCUCAUGACCCAAGCCGGGAUGGCUGGGGUGGAGGUGGAGGUCGUGACCCCGCUGAGGUUGCUCACCUUCAGCGAGGGCUCGCCGGAGCAGCGGCGGAUCGACAGCAGCCCCAGGCCGCUCGCCACAGGCACCAUCACGGGCGCGUCGACGCUGACGAGCGGCGAGCGGGUUCGCGGGCGCAAGACCCUGCGCGACAAGGUGUCGUCGCUCUUCGGGCGCAAGAAGAGCCGCCCCAAGAGCGUGCCCGGCACGCUGAGCAGCAUGUUCGACAGCACCAAGGACUGGCGCGGGUACUGACGCGCGCGGGUCGACUCGUGGCGCCGGACGAGACGUCGGAAAAACGAACCGAUUUCUCCCGCGCCUGUCGCCUGCGGAGCGUGAAUGUCGACCGCUUAGGAUUGUUGCUGAAUUGCAUGCGAACGAUGUUACUUUGUGCCUUGAGGAUGACGGAGACAGCGAGACUGUGGGCGAGAUGAUGGUAAAAAAAAAAAGCAAUAAAAACCAGAUGAUGACGGGACGUGGAGCGGGGGUGGUGACGAAGAAUCGUUUUUUGUAUCAAUUUUUUUGAGCACGAGUUGCAACAAUUCAUCGAAUCACUGGGUCGGUGAAUUGUUGUGCGUCAACCGAACAGCCUUGGUCGGUGUGCAGGCAGUGGCAACUGCACACGGGCUAGGGUUCCACAGACGGCAAUCCGCCAUUAGUCCACCCCUUUUUUGCCACCUUAAGUCUACCAAUCGACAGGGGGUCUCGAACUUGAACGGCGUGCGCGCCAGUGUAGGCCGCACGUAUGCGACCGCGUUCCGUGACAUUAUUUAACGGCGGAUUGGACGGACUGCAAAGCUAGACUGCGGAAACCACCCCCUCCUCCCCCCCCAUAGGGACUUGAUGUACCGGAUCUGUGCCAAGUCUGUUCCCUUUGUCGUUUGAAUUCUGGGUCUUCACUCUGUGGUAAUGCCACAAGGUGGCCCUUGUUGCUACCGGCAGCGCCGUUCAAUGAAUAAAUAAAGCGUCAAAAUCCGACGUUCAUUUCUCGGUCACGUGAUAAAAACUCUUUGUCUUUCUCAGAAACUCGAAGUUUCAUACCUUCAAACGAGAUGACUACUUUUUUUCUUAAAGAAAAGAAACUUUGAAAACGAAUACAAAAUAAUAUUGUUAUUAUUAUAUGAAUUGUUGCUGUUUAAUAUAUUUUUUUUAAAUGUCAUGUAAAAAAGGUUGGGAGGGGAGUGGAAAAAAGAACGCGCCGAACGCAAUCGCUCCCGUGGUAUGGUUUUGUCUGUGGUCGACGGCUGUAACUGAUCGAUUGCGGUCACAACUUUGAAGGCGAUGACCGUGGCACCGGCAUGUUUUUUUUGUCGGAGCUUUAAGAUGCCUUCACCAUGCUCGCACUCACGGAUUCUUCACGCGACUGCGGUUGUGUUUGUACCGAUAGCUUGACACGAUCAGCAGUGUUUGUAUGCGUGGUCAUCCUGCUGUUUACUUGCAUUAAUCUUUUUCUUUCUUUCAAAUGUCCAUGUUAUUUAUUCGUUUUGUCUCAUUGCAUUUGUUAAGGCGCUGGUGCAGGACCCAUCAAAAGACAUUUGACUGGUUCAGUAAAGCAAAAGUGGGCUUGGGCAGGGAUGUCGUGGCUCAGAAUAGAGACUGAUGGCCGGUGGUCAGCAUUGAGGACAGAGUGGCAGCCAAAGAAGGGAGCACUGCCCAGGAGGCAUCGAUCGAUGGAGAUGAAGCUAUGAAAUGGGCUCGUGUGUAGGAUCCAGACAGAUUUUUGGAAGAUGAUGAUGGCUUGGUAGGAGGCCUUCAUGUAGCAGUGGAUAGAUCAUAGCUGAUAAUGAUGAUGACUAGAUUAGAGGGAAGUGUUCCCAGUGUGUCUUGAUGGUCGUGGCAUCUAAACUGAAACUAAAAUUUACCAUGAAUUAAACAUUUUCCUUAAAUUGCCUAGGAAAGUCCCCUCUGAGUCCAAUUCAAUUCUUUUUUCAGGAGGGUCCUGCACUGGUACGUUUGUAGAAUUAAUUUAAAAUGAGAGUUUAGCUUCAUGUGGGAGGAAAUCGGAAGCAUGCAGAGGAACCGCACCAUGAGCAAGGCGUGAGACACGCAACGUUUGCAUCCUUCGCUUGCCCCUUGCGGAGCCACAUGCCUACAACAACUUGGCAAGCUCCGGUCGUAUCUCAUCCAAAUCCGUGACCAGGAUCAACGCCUUCCGAUCUGACAAGAUCUGAUGAGCGAGAGGGCACUUGCCUGAUCUCGCUGGAUCUCAGACGCUAAGCUUCCGAGCCUGGUUAGUAUUUUGGAUGCGAGACCAAGCUGCCAAUACAGGUGGUAAUAUGGCUUGAACUAUUAUGCAGUGUCUAGAAUGUAGCAGCACUUUUUUUAAACAAGAGUCCGGAACAAAGCACGAGCAAUUUAAAAUAAAUAAAUAAACAGGGAUCGUGGUGGGGGCACGGAAAUUCCAGCGGACGAAAGCCCGAGGUGCGGUGUUCACGGGGAAAAGGAGGGAGAGGAGGUGGGCUCACCUACCCCACUACUAACGUAGGGACAGCGUACGGGACAUGGAUUUGUUUUUUGGGGGGGGGAAGGGAAGGUCAAGGGGGAAAAAAAGAGGAGAGCGGUGAGGGUGGGGGCAGAUUCUUGAAUAUUUCAGUUUUUACCCUAUUGUAUGCAUGGUGCAGUUUUCUUUUGAAUUCCUCCCACACGAGACCAAAGAUGAAUCAAUUGCAUUGGCCAAACAUUCAAUUGUUUUGUGGAAAAGGGCUUUGAGACUUGGUGAAGCAUUCCAGGGUAACUAUGGGUAUAUUUUUUUUUACUUUGACCACAUCGCUUCUAUCUAGGGCAGGGGUCGGCAACCUACGGCUCCGGAGCCGCAUGCGGCUCUUUACGGGCUGCUUCUUGACGAUAUGUACGUAUGUACAGUAUGUACUCAGAUGCAUUGCGGCUCUUGAAAUACUGAAUUUUGUACCGAAUUGGAAAGAAAUGGCUCUUCUUGUUAUUUUGGUUGCCGACCCCUGAUCUAGGGUUGCCACCUGUCCUGGUUUUCCGAGGAUUGUUCUCUCUUUGAAGUACCUGUCCUGUGAAAUCUGGAAGUCUUCCUGUGACAUUAAUAAUACACCACUCAAGACAUGACAUUUACCUGGAGUUCUACCCUCUCCUAUGAUUGUGUGAUAUUAUUUUUUAUUAUUUGUCCCGAUUCUUGGUACCAAAAAGGUGCCAACCUUACUUUCACGUCUGGUUCUUUCCUGGGUUUAGCCUGUGGCCUUGUAACCUAUGCUCAUAUGAAGCCUACACAAGGCCCUCAAUAGAAUACAAAGGUGGACCCCAUCAGAAUUUUUCUCAGAACCAUCCCUGUAAACUCCGGGAGCCUUAAUUGUACCAAAUUUAACCAAUGCAUUUGCUCAGGCCCUCAGGAAAAUGGCAUGGGUGUUUUCAGCCCUCUCUGACUUAAGCUUCAAGAAAAAAAUGCCCGUGUGUUGCUAAGGAACAAAAAAUCUAUUCGGAUGGGAUUUUUAAAAUUGCAAACUAACACAUUCCUGCGGAGGAAGCUGGUAGGAACGUUGGGUUGCUCGGUCAAUGGCCAGGGUCAAUGGCGGCGUGGUGUAUUCCGCAAAUAUGGCCGACUGUGAGGGCGGGCACAAGCAGGCGUGAGUAGGUUAAACGUUGAGUUUUAUAAGGGCACCACGGGGUGACCAGUCCCUCCCAUUUUUGGAUGCAGGACGGACUGGACACAAUAAUCCCCUAUGGGCUGGUGGAACCAGGUGGUUCCUACCAGUAUAAUUGCCUUUGUAUUUUGAGCCACACAUGUAGAAGCAAGUUUGGUUUAAACUGUAUAAUGGAAAUGAUGUGUUUUUUUCAUAUUAUAAUAUAGAACCAUUUCUCAAGUCGCCUUUCAAUUAUAUUUAAACAUUUGUGAUGACAAUGUGGUGCAUUUACACACGGUGAAAUUAAAUCUUUACUUUUUAUAUUGAAAAAAAAUAUACAAAACAUAUGCUAAAUAAAUUCUAGAUUUAUAUUAACCCCAAAGUUUAUCUUUCAGCAAAGUUAAUUGACUGUACUCAAUGUUUGCCUUAAAGUAUAACCUGUUUUGCACUUAUUGGCUUUUGGGUUAAUGGUUUAACAAAUGUAUAUUCUGUAAAAAAAAAAAAUCCUAGUUUUACGUCAUUUGCUCACAGUAUUGUAUGUAUGGUACCUUUUUAAGUAGCGCCUUGCUGUGACAUUGUGCAACGUUUUCACGGUGUGUUUUGUAAGAAUUAUAUCUAGAUAUCGUA